AUGGUUAUAGCUGUGGAGUCUAAUGAUCAGAAAGGGCCAUUUGUUUCAGAGCUUCCCAACGAUGAGCCGAACUCUCAACAAUAUCGUAUCUUCCCUGCAGAGAAGUGGGACAUUUAUCAAUUCUCUCAUUGCUGCUUUGACUAUUGGUGGGCAACAGCUUUUCUCUUCUUUCACAUUCAGUUGUCCCUGUCAGGUUGGAAAAAAUUUCUACUAUGGUUCUGCGUUUCUAGUCAUCCCAGCCUUGAUCCUUCUGGUUGCUGGCUAUGCUCUGAGAAGCCAGAUGUGGACAAUGACCAGUGAAUACUGCUGCAGCUGUGCCCCUUCACACCGGAGAAUCAGCCCCCUGGAGCGCAAGCUGGCUUGUCUUCGGUUCUUCAGCAUCACUGGGAGGGCACUUGUUGCCCCAUUAACAUGGCUGGCUGUCACCCUGCUGACAGGCACCUACUAUGAAUGCGCAGCAAGUGAAUUCGCAUCUGUGGAUCAUUACCCAGUGUUUGACAAUGUCAGCGCGAGCAAACGAAAAGAGAUCCUAGCUGGGUUUCCAUGUCCCAAAUCAGCUCCAUCUGACAUGAUCCUGGCAAGAGAUGAAGUUGCUCUUCUGCACAGAUUCCAGUCACAAAUGCUGGGCUGGAUUUUGAUCACCUUGGCAACCAUCGCUAUCCUCGUGUCCUGCUGCUUGGCGAGGUGCUGCUCCCCCCUCACCUCUCUGCAGCACUGCUACUGGACCAACCACCUGCACAACGAGAGGGAGCUCUUUGAACAAGCUGCAGAGCAGCAUUCACGGCUCAUCAUCAUGCAGCGCAUAAAGAAACUCUUUGGCUUUAUUCCUGGAAAGGAAGAUGUCAAACACAUCCGUAUUCCUUCAUGUCAGGACUGGAGAGAUAUUUCAGCACCCAGUCUUUUCUGCAUGGGUGAGGACUUGCAAGGUCGCUAUAGCUUCCUUGGAGACAGGGUGGAUGAGGAUAAUGAGGAAAGCAAACCCGAAGGUAUUGAAUUAAAACCUUGAUUAUGGCACCUCUCACAAUUCAGGUUGCUUAACAGAUGGUUUAUUUUUGUGAUGAUGGAGUUUCAAAGUAAUCUCUUCACCUUUUUCUCUCCUGAGAUUUGUUUGACUGAGUCCAUUCAAGGUGCUAUUUCCAAAAUCCGUUUAUCUGAUCAUUGUGCCAAUGAUACUGGUUUAAUAUUGGCUUAAUGAAAACAAUAUGGAUCUUGAAGUCCUAUCAGAGUUGGAAUCUCGGUUGUUACUCAAUUAGCUGUGUGAAAAAUAGUAUUUUUGAGCACCAUCUUGUUAUCUGCACAUAACGGCUACCUCAUAGAGCUGUUGUGAGGAUUAAAGGUGUUAAUAUAAGCUAAGUGCUCAGCACAGUGCCUUUCCUAAAAUAAGUGCCAACACACGUUACUCUUUCUGUGUUCCACGUUUUCCAUUACUCUCUAAUUUCCUUUGAUCUUAAAUAUCUGACCUUUUGGCAACAGGAUGAAAAGCCCUUUCUGUGCUCGCUUUGGCAGCACCUAUACUAAAAGCCCUUUCUAAACUGGUAACAUGUACAGUAGAAGCCCAUGCAAGGUCUUGUGUCAAUUCUGCCAUAACCAGGGUAAGAUGAUGCAUUAUUCUAUCAUCAUUAGUAUCAUAAAUGUUAUUGGUAGCACGUCCACACUAGGAACAUUUUUAUAGCCAAAACAUAAGUUUAUUCUAGAAAUUUUCCCUUCUAUGCUCUACUGUAGAGACACUAUCCAUGCCUUUUCAUUAUCAAUUUGCACCCUUGCACUCAAAAUCCAUUUGGGGAAAUGAGACUGCCAUCUGUAUUUGUAUAUACCCAUUAUCUAAAACUCCAAAAGGGGAGACCUGCCUGACUCUUCUCUGUGACGCUACACCUCUAAUAUCUGAAAGUUUCUAAUUUAUCCUGAUUAUUUCUGAUAUAUGUAGUGUCUUGUGCCUGAUGUUUGUCACAUUCACUUAAGCAACUGGUUCAUUGGCUAAAGCAAAAUGAGAGCUUUCGUGUGUCUUUUAAAACCAAAACCAUGGCUGCUUACUGGGUAAUGGACCAACUAUCAAUUGUCAUGCUGACGUUCAAGAUUCACUUUCAAGGAGACCAGAGAACUUGAAUAACUGAAAUAUAAUCACUUAGUAAUCUACUUUUACACAAUUGUGGAAGAGUCUAUUCUGUGUGAAAUUAUGGGUUCCACAAACUUCAUGGAAACCAAUAGAAAAUGAAUUUGAAGGCCAUUUUUUAAAAAAAUUUAUAAGAGAUGCCUAGUGUAGUACUUUGCGAUGACAGGAGAUCCGUCUCUCCUUCACCAUUACUUAAUGGACAAGUCAGCUAGUCUAUCUGGGACUCAGUCACUUCAUCUAUAAAAUAUAGUUAAUGAUACCUUACCUGUUGUAGGGCAAGGAACUGAAGCAAAUGUAUUCUUGAGGUGCAUUUUAAAUCUAUUAAGAUAUUUAUGUUCAUGUUUAAAUGUAUACAGGUCCAUAUGUAUACAAUCUUCUGGAAUAGUAGGCCCAGGUUGUCUCCAUUAGAAGGAAAUUAUCACGGAGUUCAAUUCUUCUUCUAAACACAUUUGCUGACAUUCCACUUUCAAAAGAACGUUCAUGUACUGAACUUUUUCAAGUAGCCAAGGACUGACAUGACUGACAUGACAAGAGGGAUCGUCAUUUUUUUUUUAAGAUUUUAUUUAUUUAUUCAUGAAAGACAAAUACACGCAGAGGCAGAGACAUAGGCAGAGGGAGAUGCAGGCUCCCUGCGGAAAGCUUGAUGCAGAACUGGAUCCCAGGACCUCAGGAUCAUGAGAUCAUGACCUGGGCCAAAACCAGACACUCAACCACUGAGCCACCCAGGUGCCCCACAAGAGGGAUCCUUAAGAAAACAGAAGUUGUGGAAGUUAAUUAGGGUCCUCAUCUGGCUCUGAUGUAAAUGAACCGUGUAAAUACGGAAGGUCAUGUCCACUUUGUUCUCCAGUCUCCUCCAGCACUAAAAUUUAUCACUCUAUCUAUCUGGGAAUUUUUGAAACUCCUCUGUAUUGGGACAGAAUAGUUUAAUCAAAACUUUAUACCAUGUUCAGAAUUAUUUUAUUAGUUUCUGGGGAUUAUAGCACAGGAAAUACUCUCCAAUAAGAUUUUCAGUUAAUAGAAACAUCAAAGAGUAUAUAAAGUUAAAGCAUUACAUCACCAGAAAGAAGAUAAUCGUUGCUUAUACACACUAACACCAGGAAACUUUCUUUUUACUAGAUUCUGGAAGCCCUUUCUACAUCAAACUCCUUCAGAGUAUGACAUACACAGUUUAUAUUCUAAAUCACGUAAUCAUAAUCUUCCGCACAGCUUUCUAGCAAAGGAUUAAAGUAUUCUUUGGUUUCUCUACAUGGCUUCAAAGAGCUUUAUAGCAACUAUGUGAACAUUUGAAAGGUAGAUCACAUCCCUAGUAUUUCAUUGUACACUAUUUCCAAUUAAACAAAUCAUAUUUCCA